AUGCAAUCAGUGUAUCCCAAUCACACAAGUCUACAUAUAGAGCCCAGCUACUACGACAAUGGGGUUCCAGUGUUCAAACCGACCAUGCACGAGUUUCGGGACUUUUACAACUUCAACAAGGCAAUCAACAAAUACGGAAUGGAGUCGGGCAUAGUCAAAGUGAUCCCUCCUACCCAAUGGGUGCUGCGAGUGCAGAAAUGUUACACCGAGAGCAAUUUGGGGCAAGUGUCCAUUCAGAACCCGAUAGUGCAGAGCAUCAACACGAAUGCGCCAGGGAUAUACCAACUGCAGAAUAUAGAGCGAUACAAAAAGUAUUCCAUAUUCCAAUGGCGGGAAAUGGCCAAGACACGCCAGCCGCCACGACGGAAGCAGAGGAGCGACAAGCCAGAAGUUGGGCAUGGGCAUGCGAAACGCAUUCCAUUCUACAACAUCAACACGAGUGAGUACACUGAUGAACGAUGUAAGGAACUUGAGACUAAUUACUGGAGGUCAUUGUCGUACUCGGAGCCGAUGUAUGGAGCAGACACUAUGGGGACUGUUUUCGACAAAUCGAUAACAGUGUGGAAUGUGGCACAUCUACCGAACUUGCUUGAUCUAAUGGAGGAGAAACUACCAGGGGUGAACCAGGCAUAUUUGUAUGCGGGGUUGUGGAAGGCGUCGUUUGCAUGGCACUUGGAAGACCAAGACUUGUACCUGAUAAAUUAUUUACAUUUUGGAGCACCAAAACAAUGGUACCUGAUACCACAAAGCCAGCACAAAGAGUUUUAUGCAUUGAUGGUUGAUCUAUUCCGGGAUGAGUUCAAGCAGUGCCGUGAAUUUCUUAGACACAAAACGUUUAUGGUGUCGCCUGCAUAUCUUGAAAAACAUGGUAUUAAAGUGAACCACACGAUACACCGAGAGGGCGAGUUUAUGAUCACAUACCCGUAUGGGUACCAUGCCGGGUUCAACUACGACUACAACUUGGCGGAGUCGGUGAACUUUGCGUUGGACGAUUGGUUUGAGUUUGGGAAACGUACCAAAAAGUGUGAAUGCAUUAAUGAUUCUGUUGGGAUAAAUGUCAAACAUUUGUGGGAAAAGUACUAUGGCACCAAGUAUGAGACAGCAAAAGAGGAAGAAGAAGGGCGUGGCAAUAGAUUCUCAUCCGACUCUGAUGGUUCAAUAGAAGUGGUCAAGGUGGAGAAGAUCCAACGCAAGUGCCGCAAGAGGAAACAAGACCAUGUGGACCCUGCAAAUACGAGGAGACCACACAAACAACCAGAAAUCAUCCCUCGUGAAUGCGAGCUUUGUCCCAACACCCUUCAACAAACAAAAUACUCCCAUUCAUCCUUGUUUGAAUUGUUGGAAGCUGAUGUGAAUGGUGCAACACCUAGGACGGCACGUCGAGUGCAUAAAAUAUGUGCCAGUAUGUUUCCCCAUCAACUCAAGUGUAACUGCAAAACUAACACAGUGCAUGGGUUAGACAAUAUUACAAAGAACCAGAAGAAACUACGUUGUGGUGUUUGUCGUCAAAGCAACAUGGGUGCAUGCUUCCAAUGCAGCUACGAGAAAUGCACCCGAGCAUUCCAUGGAACUUGUGGAUUGGUCGAUGGUGUACAGUACGAUUUCAACUCAGGAGAAGCAUUCUGUAAAUUCCACUGCCAAUCCUCCACAUCACUAGAAUUUAGAGUUGGGAUGUAUGUGCAGUUUUUGUUCAACCACAGAGUAUAUUUUGGUCAACUAGUCAGUUUAGGUGAAGGGGAUGUAGAAAUUGAGGUAUAUCCUUCUGCUAAAGAUAUUAUUGAAAUACCAAUGACAAGUAUAAUUAAUGUUGUAUAA